AUGGCUGAUAAAAUUCUGAUCCUCAGGCAAAUCUCGUAUACUUUGCCAGGCCGACACCUGAAUCGGUAUGACGUGUAUUUCCUCUUUGGGAAGGACAUCCAGACCCGUGGACUUCAUGGCCAACUUUAUCUGAAGAGCCAAUGCUCUAUCAACGAGGUCCGGCCCCGGUGA